AGCCAAUCGGCGUCACCCUAUUUACAACAUGGCGGCGUUCUUGGGUCUGGUACUUGCUCUGUCCCGCCAUGUUGGCCUUCAUUUCAGCCCGCCAGGCCGGUCUCGACGAUCCGUUGCGGUUGCGCCGGGCUGAGUCCACCCGGAGGGUACUAAGCUUGGAGCUAAACAAAGAUAGAGAUGUGGAAAGAAUCCAUGGGAGUGGUGUUAACACCCUGGAUAUUGAACCUGUUGAAGGAAGAUACAUGUUAUCAGGUGGAUCAGAUGGUGUUAUUGUACUUUAUGACCUUGAAAACUUCAGCAGAAAACCAUGUUAUACAUGUAAAGCAAUUUGCUCUGUGGGCAGGAGCCAUCCUGAUGUACACAAGUUCAGCGUAGAGACAGUUCAAUGGUACCCUCGUGACACUGGCAUAUUUACAUCAAGCUCAUUUGAUAAAACACUGAAAAUAUGGGAUACAAACACAUUACAACCUGCAGAUGUGUUUAAUUUUGAGGGAACAGUUUAUAGCCAUCAUAUGUCUCCAGUUGCUACCAAGCACUGCUUAAUAGCAGUUGGUACCAAAAGCCCCAAAGUACAGCUUUGUGACUUGAAGUCUGGAUCCUGUUCUCAAAUUCUGCAGGGUCACAGACAGGAAGUGCUGGCAGUGGCCUGGUCCCCGCGUUAUGAGUAUGUCUUGGCAACUGCAAGUGCUGACAGUAGAGUUAAACUCUGGGAUGUAAGGAGAGCAUCUGGAUGUCUGAUUACUCUUGAUCAGUACAAUGGAGAGAAGUCAAAAGCAUCCUCUGAAGCAGCAAACACUGCUCACAAUGGAAGAGUUAAUGGCUUAUGCUUUACAAGUGAUGGGCUUCAUCUUCUGACUAUUGGCACAGAUGACCGUAUGAGACUCUGGAAUAGUUCCAGUGGGGAAAACACACUGGUGAACUAUGGGAAAGUCUGUAAUGAAAGCAGAAAAGGACUUAAAUUCACCACCUCUACUGGCUGUGAUCCAGAAUUUGCAUUUGUACCAUAUGAUAGCACCAUUGCUGUUUAUACAAUCUACUCAGGAGAACUGAUAACUAUGCUUAGGGGACAUUAUAAUACUGUUGAUUGCUGUGUAUUUCAGCCUAAUUUUCAGGAACUAUAUAGCGGUAGCAAAGAUUGCAAUAUACUUGCGUGGGUGCCAGCUCUACGAGAGCCAAUGCCUGAUGAAGAUGCUGCAAAGUUUCAGCAGCCCAGCAUCGACUAUGAUUCUGAUACACAUUGGCUACUCUUCUCCUGUCUACAGUUUCCUGUGACAGUUAAAAGGUGCAGCACUGCCUGUGCAAGCCAUACCCCAUCUCCUGUUUGCUGCCAGAUCUUCUGCCGCUGCUACAGCAGUCAGGUGGUGGUUUUCAUCAUUCCUCUCCUCUUCUUCUUGUUAUAUGUACCUGUUUUUUUGGACAGUUAAAGCAUUUUUAUUUGUUUUCAAGCUUCAUUGCCUCUUUCUGGUCUGGGAUGUGAGCAACGUGAUGUUCACAGCCACUCGGAGCCUCCCCAGCAGUGCCUAGGGUUGCUAGACGUAUUCCUGGAGGUUUCAUCACAUGACAUUAUCUUUAGUUAGAGAUUAGUCUUUAAUUCCUGUAGACUCCAAGGCAGUUGUGGUAAGUUGACAACCUAAAUUCCCUCUAAGGUGAGCACCUGUUUGGCUGUGCAGGAGACCACCAAGGGAAAGCGCUUAACUCCUACAGCUCUGGGACCACAGUGUGGCAAGGAGCGACGCCUCUCCCUCCCGGCUGCAGGGGCGCACCCGUGGGGCGGGAGCAACGCUUCUCCCUCCUGGCCACAGAGCUGGUGCAACGGAGAGGCGCCUCUCCCCUGGCCCCGGAGGUGCUGCAGUGAGAGAGGAUGGCGGGGUGUCCUCUCUCCCCGCCACAGCACCGGGGCAGC